GUCAUGAGCAACAAAAGUUCCCUGGAAAAAUUCAUCUUGUUGGGUUUCUCUGAUCGGCCUUGGCUAGAGCAUAUCCUUUUUGUUAUAGUGUUAAUCUUUUACUUAAUUACUUUGAUUGGCAACAUCAUCAUUAUCUUAGUCUCCCAAUUAGACACCCGGCUGCAUACUCCUAUGUACUUUUUCCUUACCAACCUCUCUUUUUUGGAUCUUUGUUUCACUACCAGUUCCAUCCCUCAACUUCUCUUCAACUUGGGAGGCCAUAAUAAGAGUAUUAGCUUCUUAGGUUGUGCCAUCCAACUCUUCAUGUUCCUUGGAUUAGGGGGUACAGAAUGUAUCCUCUUGGCUGUCAUGGCUUAUGAUCGCUUCACUGCCAUUUGCAAACCCCUCCAUUACACUGUGAUAAUGCACCCCCAGAUCUGUGUGCAGCUGGUGGCUGUGUCUUGGGGCCUUGGACUCCUUAACUCUCUAGUUAUGUCUCCUAUAACAAUGAAAUUACCUAGAUGUGGAAGACAUCAAGUGAAACAUUUCCUAUGUGAGAUGCCAGCAUUAAUUAAGAUGGCCUGUGUGGAUACAGUGGCUAUUGAAAGCACAGUUUUCAUCUUAUCUGUAAUAAUUGUCUUAGUGCCUCUCUCACUUAUUCUUGUUUCUUAUGGAUUCAUUACCCAAACAGUUCUGAGGAUUAAGUCAGCUGCAGGUCGGAAAAAGGCCUUCAAUACUUGUGGGUCCCACCUCAGUGUGGUCUCACUUUUUUAUGGAAAUAUUAUCUACAUUUAUAUGCAACCAGGGAAUACUUCCUCUCAAGACCAGGGAAAGUUCCUUACCCUCUUUUACAAUUUGGUGACUCCUAUGUUGAACCCUCUUAUUUAUACUCUUAGGAAUAAGGAAGUGAAAUCUGCAUUAAAGAAAUUAUUUUGGAAAAAAUCAGACUAAGUUGACAAGUGAGAUAAGAAGACAGGAAUGUUAUAAGGACUUAUUAUGUACAAAGCAUUGUGCUAGUAACUUGAUAUUUUAAAAAGGAUCUUUGCUCUCAAGGAUCUUAUAUUCACCUG